AUGUACUUUUUCAACGUGAACAAUCCGAAGAAGGGCCCGAUACGUCCAGCAACAAUACGGAAGUCGACCCAAGACUAUGACAAGGAUCGCUGUGUAGUCACAGGACUUGCGAACCCUCAGGACUGCCACAUCAUACCAUUCACGUGGAAUUCCACAGAAGAGCAGCUCCAAAUUCCAGAGCUCUUGCAGAGCUGA